CUCUUCUUCUCUGUCCCUAUGACAUAAGAUCGCGCCAGAACAUACACAGGAUUCAUAGGCGUGGUUUCGCUCGAUGUUUUCGGCACCUUGGCGGUCGCGGGAUGCUGUGAGACAGAAGCGGGAGGUGCGGAUCUGUGGUCAAAUCCGGCGGGAUCGAGGCGGAGCUGCUAUACUGGUGCAGAUUUCUUGCAGGCGCUCACAUGUGAGGUUCGUGCAAAGGCACUUGCGCAUAGAGCAAUUUAGGAUUGGGCAAACUUAAACAAGCCUACCUCAAGGUAGGCAACCAUGGGAAACGUGACAACAACACAGCAAUUGGGACGCUGGAUGCCCAAGCAUGGGGCAGAGCCAUGGCGAUGUAGUCUGCCGCCAGCACAGGAAAGACCAA